CAUUUCUUCUAAGACUCAGAAUUACAUCACAGUCCCACAAUGCUUUGCAAAGAGCACUGCAGUGAGUUAGCAUUUAGAGAGAGAGAGAGUUGAUGAGAGGAAAAAGGGUGGGAUGGAAAGUGAAUGUUUACAUGGUGAAUUUAUGAAUGACGUAGAGCGUGAACGAAAGAAAGGUGUGGCCUGAUUAAAGACCCAGAGGCAGCGAGGGACCAGUAAUCCCCUUCCUCGUGUGCUAGUUUGAAAUGAGCUGUCAUACUUAUGCUGGCUUAGCAGUGCUCAGACAUCUUUCCUGCUCAGUGCAGACGUGAAACGCAGCAUUGCUGGGUAUCAACAUGUGGGACGGUGCCUUGAGAACAGCUGGUUGAUGGGUCCGGGCUGAAGGAGUGUGGGAGGUCUUUGACAGAGUGUUAGGAUGGCCACUGAAGCUUCAACCCUCCCAAGUCCUGUGGUGCGUCAGAUCGACAAACAGUUCCUGAUUUGCAGCAUCUGUCUGGAUCGCUACAACAAUCCCAAGGUCCUUCCCUGCCUUCACACCUUCUGUGAAAGGUGUCUGCAGAACUACAUUCCCGCCCACAGUUUAACUCUGUCUUGCCCCGUGUGCCGUCAGACCUCCAUCCUGCCGGAGAAGGGUGUGGCGGCACUUCAGGGUAAUUUCUUCAUCACCAACCUAAUGGAGGUGCUAAAGAGGAGCCCAGAUACUAACCUCAGUGAGGACUGCACAGAUGCUAUCAAUGGAGUGGCCACUGGACAACCACUCUCCUGUCCCAAUCAUGGAGGAAAUGUAAUGGAGUUCUACUGUCCACCGUGCGAGACAGCCAUGUGUGAGGAGUGUACUAGCGGUGAACAUGCAGAACACGCCACCGUCCCGCUCAAGGAUGUUCUAGAACAGCACAAAGCCUCGCUACAGGAGCAGCUGGACGCUGUCAAAAACAGACUGCCAGAAAUUGACUCUGCGCUGGAAGUUUUGUCUGAUAUUCUACAGCAACUGAGCAAUCAGAAGAGUUCAAUAGAAGAAGUGAUUCAUGCUACUUUUGAGGAACUUCAGAAGACCCUCAACGUACGCAAAAGUGUUCUGCUGAUGGAGCUUGAGGUCAACUACGGACUCAAACAGAAGGUUUUGCAAGCCCAGCUGGAGUCGUUGCUGCAGGGGCAGGAGGGCAUUCGCAGCAGUUGCAGUUUCACAGAGCAGGCUCUUAAUCACGGCUCAGAAGCUGAAGUCCUAUUGGUCAAGAAGCAGAUGAGUGAGCGUCUUGAUGAGCUGGCAAGUCAGGAGCUCCCACUUCGACCAGAGGAGAACAGCCAGCUGGACUUCUUGGUGGAGACGGACGGUCUUCGCAAAUCCAUCCACAACCUUGGUGCUAUAAUAACCACCAAUGCUGUUGCAGCAGAAACUGUUGCCACCGGUGAAGGCCUGAGGCAUUGUAUCGUGGGGCAGCCUACUUCUGUGACCAUAACAACAAAAGACAGAGAUGGCGGACUGUGCCGGACAGGAAAUGCUCUGCUAAUAGCUGAUCUUUCUGCCUCUGAUGGAACUGUAGUGGGGGAAGGUGAAGUCACGGAUCAUAAAAAUGGCACUUAUGAGUUUGUAUACACGGUCCCGUGUGAGGGCCGCUUCACGCUCUCGCUAAAGCUGUAUGAUCAGCAUAUUAGGGGCAGCCCAUUCAGCAUACGUGCCAGCAAAUUGACAGACAUCUCCCUGACUGCGGACGGGGGCAAGAAACGCCUCAAAUCUCCAGGAAGUAGUAGCCAUGUGAAACAGCGUGCCAUCAAACGCCCUGCCAGCAUGUACAGCACAGGCAAACGGAAAGAAAACCCAAUUGAAGAUGACCUCAUGUUCCGAAUUGGAACUAAAGGCAGAAAUAAGGGUGAAUUCACCAAUCUGCAGGGAGUUGCUGCUUCUUCUAUUGGCAAGGUCCUGAUAGCGGAUAGUAACAAUCAGUGUGUUCAGAUAUUUUCAAAUGAUGGACAAUUUAAGAGUCGUUUUGGAGUGAGGGGCCGAACACCAAGACAGCUUCAACGGCCCACCGGUGUUGCUGUGCACCCUAGUGGUGACAUCAUCAUUGCUGACUACGAUAACAAAUGGGUCAGCAUUUUCUCCAGUGAUGGCAAGUUUAAGACUAAAAUUGGCUCAGGGAAGCUCAUGGGUCCUAAGGGUGUAGCGGUUGAUAGAAAUGGCCACAUCAUUGUGGUUGACAAUAAAUCUUGCUGCGUCUUCAUUUUCCAGCCCAAUGGAAAACUUGUAUCCAAGUUUGGCAGCCGAGGCAACAGUGACAAGCAAUUUGCAGGUCCACACUUUGCCGCAGUGAAUCAAAAUAAUGAAAUCAUCGUAACCGAUUUUCAUAAUCAUUCUGUUAAGGUGUUCAGUCCAGAGGGUGAGUUCAUACUGAAGUUUGGUUCAAAUGGUGAAGGAAAUGGCCAGUUUAAUGCACCGACGGGUGUGGCAGUAGAUGCCAAUGGCAAUAUUAUAGUGGCUGACUGGGGCAACAGUCGGAUACAGGUGUUUGACAGCAGUGGAUCCUUCCUGUCCUAUAUCAACACCUCCGCAGACCCUCUGUAUGGCCCGCAAGGACUGGCUCUGACCUCAGAUGGCCACAUUGUGGUGGCAGACUCUGGAAACCACUGUUUUAAAGUAUACCGCUAUCUACAAUAGCACUCUCAUCUCUUCAAACACUUGCACUUAUUCCUUAAAGCUGCCACCCUUGUGCCAAAUGGGACCCUCAUAUUGCAUUGAAGUUGUGUUGUUGUGGCCUCAUUUGUGACACCCUCACCUUGAACAAAAGAACAGACUCUGUAGUCUGAUCGUGGUACUCUAGUAUUGAAGUAUAAGGAAUAGUUCAUCCAAAAAUACAAAUUCUGUCAUAUAGCCUCACCCUUUGUGCUUCAUAGAAGAACGGAUUUGGAGCAACAUAAGGGUGAAUAAAUGAUGACAGAAAUGUAAUUAUUGGUUGAAACUGUCCUUUUAAGAAAGAAACAAGGCUAAGUUAUGCUGUUCUUUAAUUUUGACUCAAAAACUGCUAUACAUUAGGGAAAUCAUUUAUGUUUCUACUGUAUGUUGAAAUAAUCUGAAUGUUCAUGUUGAUUAAAAAGGGAACUCUUCACAUGUAAGAAUGCAAGUAAUGCGACUCCAAACUACUAUCUAAUUUAUAUAUCUGCACAACAAAUACACAGAACCCCAAAACAAAGCUCACUAUGGUGGGCUAAGAUCACCAAUAUUUGGCUUGAGUUAGCCUAUGUUUAAAAGAGAUGUCAGGAAUAUUCAUAAAAUAUGCCACAAUAUAUGUGCUUCUCUGCUAAUAACUGUGAUGUGCACAACUGUGGUUGGUAGUGUUCUUAUAAUGCAAUUAAAUCUCUUUAAUCACUUAACCAUUGUUAUGCAAGAAACACUUGAUAUGCUUGUUAGAUUGUAAACAAAAUUACUUUUUUAAUAUCACUGCACUGUUCAUUUAAAAAUCAGCCAUUUUAUUUAUAGCAGACGUUCAUCUCUCUAAACCAUAAAAGUUCAUUUGUGUUGUUCAGAGAAACUUAAAUCAGUGAUAAAUCACAUGGUCAAAACACCAGAUGCACUUUGUGAUUUAGCAACACAUGAAAUAUGUAUAUUGCAAUUAUUAAAUUGCCCCUGGUUAAAUGUUAACCAGAAGACAUGCAUUAUAAUAAUUACUGAUCUUCAUGUGUUGUGAGAGUGGUUGUAUUGUGUUGUGACAAAUCAUGUUCUGUGUUCAUAUUCAUCUGCUUAAAAAACAAACAAAAAAAGUGCCCAGGGUUCUUUUCACGUGUGUUCAUGCCAUACAGAUAAAUAUUCCUCGUCUAAUAUCUGUUCUCCUGUACAGAUCUGUUGUUAUACACAGGGAACUAGUGCCGCUCGUUUGCACAAAAUACACAAUAUGUAACAUGAUGUACAUUCCACAAUGUAUUUCUCCCCUUUAUAUCCACAAACCUGCUUUUUGUAGCAUUGAAGCUUGCAUUUUACUCCUUUGUUGCAUUUCCACAUGAAAGGACUUACAACCAAUUAUGCUUUCACAUUUGUAGAUCUUAAUGCUACAUUCAGGUGACCAGUGUUAUAUCAUUUUUUUGCACAGCACAUGAAUAAACUGCAUUAUUUGA